AUGCUGCAAAGAACUAUACUCCGCGCCUCGAGGCAACAGGCUGCCCGCCAAAUACGGGCUUUUGCGCCACUACGUCAACAGUUCCCCAUCACACGAGCAGUAGCCACACCCGCCAUCCGAUGGUAUUCAGAUGCCCCGCCGGCAAAGGAAGGCGAAGCAGCCGAGAAGAAGGAGGAUGCGCCCGCAGAAAAGAACGAGGUAUCACAAUUGAAGGAGCAGCUAGAGAAGAAGGACAAGGAAAUUGUCGAAUUGAAGGACAAAUACCUCCGCUCAGUCGCCGACUUCCGCAACCUCCAAGAGCGCACUAAGCGCGAAAUUGAAGGCGCAAAGAACUUUGCCAUCCAGCGCUUUGCCCGCGAUCUCGUCGAGUCGGUCGACAACCUCGACCGCGCCCUUGGCACGGUGCCAGAGGAGAAGCUCAAGUCGGACAACACUGAUCUGAUUGCCCUGCACGAUGGCAUCAAGAUGACCGACACCAUUCUCAUCAACACACUCAAAAAGCACGGAUUGGAGCGAUUCGACCCCUCGGAGUCGGCGGAGAAGUUCGAUCCCAAUGUCCAUGAGGCAGUGUUCCAGGCACCGCAGCCAGAUAAGGAGGACGGCACUUGCUUCCACACACAGCAAAAGGGCUUCAAGCUCAACGGCAGAGUACUGCGACCAGCAAAGGUUGGCGUUGUAAAGAAUGCCUAA